CAGCAAAAGAGAGCACAUACUAGAAAGAAAAACUGAGACCCUGAAUAACUACUACAACCUGUAAACAAAUACAGUAAUAGUUUGAUCAUGGGUGGGGGUUGGAUUAUGUUGGAUUCAUGGGGUUCAGAGAAGAGUGUGUUAGAUGUUGAUAAGCAUGCUAUUAUGCAACGCUUUCAUAUACAUGCUAGGGAUCUCCGUGUUCUUGAUCCCCUUCUUUCCUAUCCUUCUACUAUUCUGGCUCGUGAUAAUGCCAUUCUUCUCAAUCUUGAGCAUAUCAAAGCUAUUAUUACUGCGCAAGAGGUUUUACUUCGAGAUCCUUUGGACGAUAACAUCAUCCCUGUUGUUGAAGAACUGCGGAGGCGAUUGCCUUCACUAAACAUUACUCCCCAAGAUCAUGGAGAAGAAAAAGAGUCAAGUGUGCAAAAUGAUGGGGAAGCAGGUGGAGAUACAACAGAACCUCCUUUUGAAUUCCGAGCCCUUGAAGUUGCUUUGCAAGCCAUUUGUAGCUUUCUAGCUGCUAGAACAAAUGAACUGGAGAUUUCUGCUUAUCCAGCCUUGGAUGAGCUUACAUCUAAGAUUAGUAUCCACAAUUUGGAUAAAGUUCGUAAAUUGAAGAGUGGAAUGACAAGUUUGACUGCCCGUGUUCAAAAGGUGAGGGAUGAGCUUGAACAGCUGUUGGAUGAAGAAAAUGAUCUAGCUGAUCUUUAUCUGUCCCGAAAGUUGUCUAGGGCAUCACUUUUGAGUGGCUCAGUUGGUGCAAGUUUGUAUAUUUCUUCCCCUCACAUAAGUUCUAAAAUAUCUAGAGCUAGUAGGGCUAGCAUGGAAUCUAUACAGGGAGAUGAAACUAAUGUUGAGGAGCUUGAGAUGUUACUUGAGGCUUACUUUAUGCAGAUUGAUGGCACUUUAAACAAACUGACAAUGGUGCGCGAGUAUAUUGAUGAUACAGAAGAUUAUAUCAACAUUCAGCUUGACAAGCAUCGAAAUCAGCUGAUUCAGCUAGAACUCUUUUUAAGUUUAGGCACCCUCUGUUUCGCCGUAUAUUCAUUGGUGGCCGGAAUAUUUGGCAUGAAUAUUAAAUAUACUUGGAAUGAUGAUCAUGGUUAUAUUUUCAAAUGGGUGGUUAUUCUAUCAGGGAUCGGUUCAGCAGUACUUUUUCUACUUGUCAUAUCUUAUGCCCGCUUCAAAGGCGUAUUGUCAGAUCUUGAACUCUACCAACCAGCAGAGGACAUCAAAAUGAAUAAGAUCCAGUAGCGAAGUUCUACCCAUGACUUUCAACAGAGGAAAGAUAUUACUUCAAUGUAACUCUAGUUAAUUUGGUUGGUAUCUUAAGGAUUUAUUACCUCAUGCAGGAUCACGAUUAAAGUGAAAAUUUGUUAUGGAAGGAAGAUUUUACAAUUUUUAA